AUGUUUCCAGGUCUUUCCGAGGCCAGCCCUCAGAUAUUUACAAGUCGGUCCGUGGGAUCCACGCAGAUGUUUCUAGGUCUGUCCGAGGGGUCCCGCAGAUAUUUCCAAGUGUGUCCUAGCGGUAGGCCAGAUGUUUCUAGGCCUGUCCGAGCGGUCCCCGCAGAUGUUUCUAAGUCUGUCCGAGGGACCCUCGCAGAUGUUUCUAGGUCUAUCCGAGAAGUCCCCGCAGCUGUUUCUACGUCUGUCCGAGGGACCCCCGCAGAUGUUUCUAGGUCUGUCCGAGAAGUCCCCGCAGAUGUUUCUAGGUCUGUCGAGAAGUCCCUGCAGAUGUUUCUAGGUCUGUCCGAAGUCCCCGCAGAUGUUUCUAGGUCUGUCCGAGAAGUCCCCGCAGAUGUUUCUACGUCUGUCCGAGAAGUCCCCGCUGAUGUUUCUACGUCUGUCCGAGGGACCCCCGCAGAUGUUUCUACGUCUUUCCGAGGUGUUCCCCAAAUAUUUCCAAGCGUGUCCGAGGGGCGUUGGCCAAUAGACUGGCCGAAGUGUACUGUUUGGUCGCUAGACCGUUCUAGGUGUCAGGCAAUGGAUCCCUCGUAUAUUCGAGGAGUUAGAAAAGGCAUCACUCGCCUGUUUGGCGCCUCAGAAAAUGGGUCCUUUGUCUCUUCGAGAUCAUAG